GGAGAGAGGGUGUGCGCGCGUGUGUGUGCGGGUGUGAGUGUGCGAGUGCGUGCGCAGGCCCCGAGACACUGCGUGUUUCCAGCUCGCGCUGCGGACACCGAUCGUGCUGCAUUAAAAACAAAAGACAAUCACAUUCUGGGAAGGAGGCUGCAAAGUUGCGGCCGGGCGACAGCGGCGGUCCCGGGCCGCGUCAUGGCGGGUCGCCUCUCCGCAGCGAGGAGCCGGGGAAACCCCCGUGGACGCGGGUUUGCCUUAGCGCCCCGCUUGGGAGGGGCGAUUCCUUCUGGAAGCGACUGAGCAGAGCCACAAGGAGGGGGAGCUGUCCCCGUGGCGGCGACUGCACCUCGUGCGGCGAGAGGGUGGGGAGGGAGGGGAGAGGGGAGGAGAAGCGAGCGUGCCAUUCCGGGCGCGACCGUGCGGCGAGAUCCCACCCCGGCGUCUGCAGAGCCCGAGGCGCAACUGGUGCGAGGGUUGGGUCCUCGCCUCGCCGCCAGCCCCAGCGCGCGGCCGCCGGGUGGCUUUUGCAAGGCGGGGGCCUGUUUGCAGAGAGCCGGGCAUUUGCAUGAAGCGACUCGACCCCACGGAGCAGCGGCAGCAGCGGCGGACCCCGGCGGCGGCGGCGGCGCGCGGUCCGACCCAGGCGGCCCCGGGCCCCGGGCCCCGGUGGAUGCGCGGCUGGGGAGGAGCCCAUGGGCCGGAGCUGAGGCUGCCCGGGGCGGCGGGGCGCGGGGCGGGGGGCGCGGUCGAGGCCCGGAGGCGGCGGCGCCGGAGGAAGCGGAGGAGGUCGGGCGCUCGGGGCCCGGGAGGCAGGCAGCGCAGCGCCGCAGCCCCGGGCUCGCCAUGCUCCUGGCCUCGGCCGUGGUGGUCUGGGAAUGGCUGAACGAGCACGGCCGCUGGCGUCCCUACAGUCCGGCCGUGAGCCACCACAUCGAGGCGGUGGUCCGCGCCGGCCCCCGCGCGGGGGGCAGCGUGGUGCUGGGCCAGGUGGACAGCCGUCUCGCGCCCUACAUCAUCGACCUGCAGUCCAUGAACCAGUUCCGCCAAGACACGGGGACCCUCCGCCCAGUCCGCCGCAACUACUACGACCCGUCCUCAGCCCCCGGGAAGGGCGUGGUGUGGGAGUGGGAGAAUGACAACGGCUCUUGGACACCCUACGACAUGGAAGUGGGCAUCACCAUCCAGCACGCGUAUGAGAAGCAGCACCCCUGGAUCGACCUCACCUCCAUCGGCUUCAGCUACGUCAUCGACUUCAGCACCAUGGGCCAGAUCAACCGGCAGACCCAGCGCCAGCGCCGUGUGCGCAGGCGCCUCGACCUCAUCUACCCCAUGGUCACAGGCACCUUGCCUAAGGCUCAGUCCUGGCCAGUCAGCCCUGGGUCGGCCACCUCGCCCCCUGCGCCCCCCUGCUCCUGUCCACAGUGUGUCUUGGUGAUGAGUGUUAAGGCGGCCGUGGUCCAUGGCAGCUCUGGGCCCCUGCAGCCCCCGGCGACACGCAAGAACAUGCCCCCUUCCGGAGUGGUCAAGCUGCCUCCCCCACCAGGCCCCGGGGCCAAGGCACUGGACAGCGCAGGCACCCUUCGAGGCCCGGUGAAAACAGCCCCAUCGCAGGUGACCCGGCGACAAACCUCCAGCAAGCCGGCUGGGGCAACUGUGGGCUCUCCUGCCAGCCCCCCAGGAGCCAACGGCAAGACUACGGGAAGGGUCGCCCUGGCCACCCUGAAUCGUACCAACCUGCAGCGGCUGGCCAUCGCCCAGUCCCGGGUGCUGAUCGCCUCCGGGGUCCCCACUGUCCCAGUGAAGAACCUAAACGGGUCCAGUCCUGUCAACCCUGCCUUAGCAGGAAUCACUGGGAUCCUCAUGAGUGCAGCGGGGCUGCCCGUGUGUCUCACCAGGCCACCAAAGCUGGUCCUACACCCACCCCCCGUCAGCAAGAGUGAAAUAAAAUCCAUCCCAGGGGUUUCCAACACAAGCCGCAAGACCACCAAAAAACAAGCCAAGAAAGGUAAAACCCCAGAGGAAGUGCUGAAGAAGUAUCUGCAGAAAGUCCGGCACCCCCCAGACGAGGAUUGCACCAUCUGUAUGGAGCGCCUCACGGCCCCCUCGGGCUACAAGGGCCCACAGCCGACCGUGAAGCCCGACCUGGUGGGAAAGCUGUCCAGAUGCGGCCACAUCUACCACAUCUACUGCCUGGUGGCCAUGUACAACAAUGGGAACAAGGAUGGAAGUUUGCAGUGUCCAACCUGUAAGACCAUUUAUGGGGUGAAGACAGGCACCCAGCCCCCGGGGAAGAUGGAAUACCACCUCAUCCCCCAUUCUUUGCCUGGCCACCCAGACUGCAAAACCAUCCGGAUCAUCUACAGCAUUCCCCCCGGCAUUCAGGGGCCCGAACACCCGAAUCCUGGGAAGAGUUUCAGCGCCCGUGGCUUCCCCCGACACUGCUACCUUCCAGACAGCGAGAAAGGGAGAAAAGUUCUGAAGCUGCUGCUCGUGGCCUGGGACCGGCGCCUCAUCUUUGCCAUCGGCACCUCCAGCACCACGGGCGAGUCAGACACGGUCAUCUGGAAUGAGGUCCACCACAAGACGGAGUUUGGCUCUAAUCUCACUGGCCAUGGCUACCCGGACGCCAAUUACCUGGAUAACGUGCUGGCCGAACUGGCUGCCCAGGGCAUCUCUGAGGACAGCACUGCCCAGGAGAAGGACUGAGGCUGGAGGGGCUUUGAGGUGGGGAGGGCGUGGGGACCACGGGACAGGAAGUGGGGAGUCAAGGUAGAAGUCAGUGCCAUGUGCUCCCGGCUCCCACGUCUCCCUCCUGCCCGGUCUCCAUCCCCCUCCCUCCCUCCCAGCCCCAGGGGCAGCCAGGUUGAAUAAGGGGACAUCAUUCAUAAACCUCAUCCAAUAAUACAAAGGGGCCACGGGAUGAGGGCCAUCCUGGGUCUGGUCCCAUGGAGUUUUUGGUGCUGGGCAGGCAAGAACCCCCUCCCCAGCCCCACUGCCCAGGUAGGGGCACAGGCGGCACACUUAGGGUAUGGCCGGUGCGUGGGCACUCCAUACCCCGGCGUGGUGACGCCAAGGUUGUUGCCUCAGCUGGCUUCUUGCUGCUUCCACUCUGCUUCGAGAGCGGAGUUUCUGCUCUUCUCUCCUCCCCUGGAGGCAGGGAGCUCUCACUGUGCAAGGUUGGGGGGUGAAGGGGUGAACGAACCGCUAAAUUGCUGUGACAUGAGACACUGGAUGCCCCAGUGUAGAGUGAGGAAGCGUGUCUUGCCAAGAGGGCCAGAGAAGCAAAGGCUUCGGGAGCACGUCCGGCUCCCGUCAUAGUCCUGGGCUUCUCUGGCCCUCCUUUCCUCCUCACACCUUUGUCCUGUCCAAAGAGGCAUCUGGUUCUCUCGAGUGGGUGGCUGCACUCUGGGACUCCUCUCUGGGGUGGCAUCCUGUGAUGCUGUUUCUAGCCCCUCUCUGAUCCAACCAGAGCCUGCAUCCCACCGAGCGUCCAAACUGUCCUCAGGGAGAGAGGCCGAUAGCCUUCUUCCCAGCCCCUCCCAGACCAGCUCAGAGAUUCCAUGAGUUUCAUCAAGUCACUGUGAGCAGAGCCCGCGCCGGGCUCUGUGCCGUCUGUGUAUGUGCAUGCGGGCGGGUGGGCACCUCGGGGCCCGGUUGGUGUGGCGGCCCGUCGUGUCCCUGCACCCUGUUUUGCAAGAUGCCAAACCCUGAAUCUGAUGGGGAUCAAACAUCCAGGCUGUGGUCCUUUGACUUUCCUCACCCUUUGCCAAACCAUCCCUUAGGAAACUUAGACCCGGAUGGAGUCAGAACUGUGCCUGGGGAGAUGGGAGGAGGGGAGGGGCGGGUUGACCCCUUUUUAUAUUUCUUUUCAAGAUUGGAUCAGAGCCAAUCUCCAUCCAGUCUUGUUUCUAUGAGGGCUUCAAUCUGUCUCAUGCAGAUUUGCUAAUCAGAGCCCAGAGGUGACACUGGGCCUCUUGUCCCCCUCAUCUGUCACUGGUUGACUCAGAGCACGGAGGGAGCCUCUGUAGCUCGUCUCCAACGGGGUUGGGACCACACUGUGGUCUGGUCCAGCCUGCUGCUGGGUUGUGUCCCCAGACCCUGUCUAUCUCCUCCCCAACAUUCCUCUUGCCUUUGGUCCCCAUGAAGGAAUGAAUUGGGGGUCGGGGAGGAGAGAAGGGGGAUCAAGAAGGGAAACCCCAUUCCCCCUUUGAAAGUGGGUUCUUUGAACUAUGUGUUUGGGGGAAGUUCCUCUGGAUACUAAUUUGAAUUUAUAUACCUCAUAUUUUGGGGGUUGGACGUAUAUAUAUGCAUAUAUAUUUCAUUAUAUUUGGAAGGUUUUUAAUGCCGGAAAAAUCAAAACAAAAGAACCUUCAAAAAUGGUACUUAGGUUAGAGCCGGAGGCCAAGCUUUCAGGAGAGCCGGUUCCGUAGCUGCUGGCUGUUGGCCCUGCCGCCAUUUUGACAUUGGUGUGGCCAGUGGAGUCACCUGAGUGUCACCCAGGUCCUGGGACUUGCUGGUGCUGAGCCUUUCCUGGCUUCCCAGAUGGCUCCGGGGACGCUAGUUUUCUCCACCAGAGGGAGCACCAGAGGGAGGAAUCGUUCUGCCCUCUGAGGCCAUGGCCACCAUUGUCUCACCAGCAGACCAGGACUCUGGUCCUCAGUUCGCUGCACCACAGGGCCAUUUCCUGCCACAGUUGGGAAGGAGACACCUGAACUAAAUGGAAGAGACGUCCCUGCAGUGUUUAAUGCCACACCCAUGCCCUUUGCCAGGUUUCCACGUACCAGAGAUCACUGGAGCGCCUCACUGAAGGCUCAGCUCCAUCUCUGCCUUUAGCACCCUCCUCAAGUAUCUGCUGGGCUGCCCGGCCUAGGGGACAAGGAAUAGACUGAGAGUGCGCGGGUAGAAAAACAUAAUGAGGCAGUAGUAGGUGGGGGAGGAAAGAAGACGGGCUGUGCCAACGUAACUGGGCAGUGUGGAGAGAUCCUUUUUCUAGGUGUAGGUGGGGCAGCGGGCACCCAAGAGCAGGAGGAAGAGCACCCGGGAGGACUACAGGGGAGCCGGUGUAUCGGUGGCAAUACCACUUGGAGAGGUAGUCUUCAUACCUUCACGUCUUUCCCCCUAGGUUUUUGAUAGUGUCUUGGCCUCUGUUUCACUUCCACUCCGCUCAGUAGGGGCCACCUCACCCGGUGCAGUCCUUGCGGGACUCCCUGGGCAGAAGGGAUCUUGAAUUUCCUUUCUAACACU